GGCGAGACCAUGGUUCUGCUGCUGAUCGCAGAUCGUCCGGCUGUUGCUGGCUGAAGAUCGAGAUCAUCUCCAUCGCGCCCUGGGCCGGUGAUGAUCGGUGGGGUUGUGGAAGCUGUCAAAAGUCAACUGUCAGCGAACAAGCGCGAGAUUUACCGCUACCCGAAAGAGGCAGGCAUCCCCUGGCCCAUUCUGGCCCCUGCAGCCCAGCGACGGGACCCACCCAUACGAACAGACAAGGGGGCCCCUGGGCGAUAAACUCUCGCACAGGUGGGCGCCCAGACGCAUGGCCAGCUCCGGAUGCCUUCAGCUGCCCAGAGAGGUGCCCGGGCCUAUGACCAUCCCUUUUCGGGGCGUCCAGCGUAACGCUCCCCCUUCAUCCCGCCUUUACAACCACCACCGUGCCUUGCUGUCGUGCGGAGCUCCUCUUCUUUCGUUUUUUUUUUUUGGCAUUUGUGCUUGUCUCUGCUGCAACACCAGACUGGUGUCCAUCACGCCCAUUCAACCCCUCCCUCUACCCCACGAUCGUUUCCCUGGUUGUUUACUCUCGUUGAUCUUGCAACCUCCAACUCCUGCCGCCUUGACAGCUCGACGGCGUUGUGCUCCGGCCCCGCCAACUUGGUAUAAACAGCAGCCCAUCAACAAGCCCAAGAAUAUCUCACAUGGAUCACCAACAAGACUACUAUGGCCCUGGCCAACCAGGCACCGUGAACUCGAGCGCCGCCCCAACACCACGACGUCCGGGCUCGCUGAACGACCCAGACGGACGGAACCCCUUUGGCGAUGGUGUCGAGUCCCAGGCUUCCCAGAGAUCAGUCAACAAUGGCAACCCAUUCUCCAGCCCGUCGGCAUCCCGCCCACCGAGCAGCUUCGACUCUUCCUCGGCCAUGGGAGCCCGCUAUGAGGACAGGGGACAGCGCUACUUUCACUCGAGGCGAGUACGCAAGGGCGAGGUGGAGAAGCCGUGGACCAAGACGGUUGAUCCCAAGGAAAAGUGGGUGACGAUUCUGCCCGUGAUCGGUAUCGUUAUCGGGUUGGGAAUUUCGGGCUUGUUGGUGUGGGACGGCAUGCGCAGUGUGGUCAAGCACAAGUACUGCCCAGUGUUGGAGGAAGACUUUAGCCGGGGCUUCAACUCUGACGUCUGGAUGAAGGAGGUGCAGCUGGGCGGGUUCGGCAAUGGCGAGUUUGACAUGACUACUGCGGGCGACGAGAACGUCUUUGUUCAGGAUGGCAAGCUCAUCAUCAAGGCGACCCUGACCGAUGACAAGUACAUCUUGCAGAACCACACCAUCAACCUCAUCGAUGACGGUACUUGCACAUCCACCGAGUUCAAGCACUGCGUUGCUGUCACCAACACCAACAACGGCAACUCGAGCAUUGUGCCCCCUGUGAAGUCGGGCCGUAUCAAUACCAAACCGGGUGCCGCCAUCAAGUAUGGCCGUGUCGAAGUUACUGCCAAGCUUCCCGAGGGUGACUGGCUCUGGCCCGCCAUCUGGAUGAUGCCCGUCAAGGACACCUAUGGAGCCUGGCCUGCGUCUGGCGAGAUCGACAUUGUGGAAAGCCGCGGCAACAACUAUACCUACCCACAAGGUGGCAACAACAUCAUGUCCUCUGCUCUUCACUGGGGUCCUUCCCCCGCCCAGGACUCGUGGUGGCGCACCAACGUCAAGCGCCCCGCGCUCCACACGACCUACUCUGCCGGGUUCAACACCUUCGGUCUCGAAUGGUCGCAGAAGUACCUCUUCACCUAUGUCAACUCGCGGCUCCUCCAGGUUCUCUACACCAACUUUGACACUCGGCUCUGGGAGCGCGGCAAUUUCCCCAGCGCCGACUCCAACGGAACCUGGAUCCGCAACCCCUGGGAACAGGGCGGGCAGAACGCUCCCUUUGACCAAAAGUUCUUCCUCAUCCUCAACGUUGCCGUCGGCGGCACCAACGGCUGGUUCGAGGACGGUGUCAAUGGCAAGCCCUGGCUGGACUCUUCCGAGAACGCCAGGAAGAACUUUUGGGAGGCCAGAAACCAGUGGCUUCCCACAUGGAAAUCCCCGCAGAUGGAGGUCAGCAAGGUCAUCAUGUGGCAGCAGUGCAACGGUGACGAGGGUGAUUUGUAGCAGGUUACGGCAUUCUUCAUGGGCAUACAACAAACUAGGGUUAAUCGUUUCCUGGGGUGGGGAGAUAUUUUACUGGGUGUUUUGGGUGUUACUGAUAGAUUGGUUUUUAAUGUUUUUUGGUAUAUCGUAAUACCUGUCUCUGUGUAACUAUUUUGGUAUUUGCUUGUCGAGGACGAUGAGGAACAUUGGACACUGUUUUGGCAGCACAGAGAUGAAGCAACAACAACAUGGGUGUGCAUUUCUACCUGAGGUACUUGAUCUUGAUCACCUUGCCAAACGUUUCCCAGCGUGGAAAUGAUGUGCGAUUGCAUAUCGAUCACAUGCUUUGUGCUCUUCAACAAUUGACUUUGGGAGAUCUGGACGCCACUGUCGAUGGUGGGGGCCCAGUGAUGGUGGUGAGGGACGGGAGGAGUAGCGCCAUGUUGUGCCACCGUGCUGGUCUGGAUCUCCAACGUCAUUCAACCCGAAUUGGCUGUUGUGGUUGUUGUUGAAGGUACCCACCUUAUCUUCAAGCUCGGUGAAAGGUGAGCUGACUGCAGAUCAGGGGUGUCUUUUCACGAUGUCAACAUUGGACCCAAAACGAGGAUCAAGGUGCAUGGCCCUGACAUCUUAUACGUCAAGAAGCAUACAAGCUUACCCUUAAUCCAAAGAUGGGAGGUUGAAGUCCAACUCCAUGUGGCUGACCGAAGCAUGGCAGUUCCAUGGAACGGUCUCACCUGCAGCACCACCCUUGACAUAAACACCGCAAAAAAGUCCGAACCCCCUCUAGCAAAGUUAUCCGAAGCCGCCUUGUCACGUACUGUAAAACAAACGAGUCGUCUUCCAAGUCCAAGAGCGUAAGUUGCAUCUAAACCGUCCGGCCUGCCUGGAAAGCUCGUAUUUUGGUCUUUGUGAUCCACCACAAGAACCAACCUCGAGCGGAUAUCCACUCGAACCUUUGGGAAAGCGCAACAAAACCACAAAUGAUGGCGCCGACCACCAAUGCGCUGGACACUCAUGGGCGAUACGAAGCCCUGGGUACGAUGUAAGGAGUUAACGCCAGAGUUUCGUUCACAGCAAUCAAGCACAACAGAUGACGUGAGUAAUGAUGCCAACUACCGUUCCCGCCGUACAACACUUUGCCCUGUUAUUUACAGAAUACCAGGGCCGCAGCUCUGUUUGUGCUUGUCUUACCUGGAGCGCGCGCGGCAGGAGGGGCGGCAGCGACCGAGCCGUCAGUCUCAGUCCCCUGAGCCCGAAAGCUCGGCGGCGUCGACAAAUCUACGGUGAGCCGCCACGGCGAAGUUGAGCAGAAAGGUAUGCGAUGCGAAAGCAAAGUUUCUCCGUGCGUGCAGAGAUUGAACCGAGCCUUGGGAUUCCAGCAUCACCUUUGGCAUCAUAGAGCGAUGAUACUCGCCUGGAGUUGGCCAUUUUAUUCAUUUAUUUAUUUUUUGUUCAGGGUCUGCCUCAAAACGCUUGGCGAGGCCAAACCUAAGCCGGUGAGCCCCUCGGCCGGCUGGCGAUGGAUUGCUUUCUCGAUAGGGCUUCCAGGUUGUUCGGAGGGCUCCACCACACGAGCGCUAAAAAUUUCCUGAAGGCCGGGACACCGUUGACGGAAAUGGUGCCCAACACGUGCCCAACGGUGCCGGCUGCUGUGGAAAAAAUAUGUAUGUAUUGUACGGCCGGUGCUGCUGUCUUCGGGGGUUCCAGACGGUGGAGAUGGCUUCACUAAAACGAGUCAAGCGGUGGCUGCACAGUCCCAAGGCAGGAAAAGCCAUUGCGUAGCUGCCAGCUGAAAAGGGAGCGGUGUUAUUGCAGAGGACGCAUCCUGUGCAGCAUUCGGCUGUGAUAUUGACACUGACAACGCAGCCAUGCAUGUUGCUGAUAAGGAGACGCGAUCCUGACGCUUGUGUCUAAAUUUUUUUUUUUUGAGAAUACUCAACAACCGAGAACCCUGGCCCUGUCUGCCGGUAUCCAACAUGAUCGACGUCGGCGGAACCCAGCAAUUUGGGUCGGCCGGGAUGGCGCUGGCAUCUUCAUUCUUGAAUAUGAAAACCCUAUUUUAGAUGGCCGAUUACCGAGAUAGUCUCUGGUGUUUUUUCGAUCCGAGACCUAACAGAGCUGGAC